GCAAGGCAGAAUACUCCGCCACUAUCUGCACAGCACAGCAACACAAAAGUCUGAUACCAACCAAAUGCACGGGUGCCCAAUUCGGCAGUUCCAGUAGCUUCCUUUUUCACUGUGCUCCCCUCGCGCUACACGUUCUCCGCAGCCGCAGCCGGGCCAGUCUUCAGAGCUCGCCGGAGUUCUAGCUAAGCCUCUCACACAGAAAUGGGGACGCCGUGGAAGGAACGGGAUAAUCCCCCGGGCAAGCUCCCGAUCAUGACCGCCUUAUUUCGGAAGGUACUUGACUCGAUCUCCGGCCGGCCGAGUUUGAAUUCGAAUUCGAAUUCGGAUUCUGUCGCCGCUCGCCGUAGUCUUCGAUGGUCGGCGUCGUCGUCUUCGUCCUUGUCCCUGGGAGUGUUCGAUCGGCUGCCGCUCGAUGUCUUGGUGCAGAUUGUGAGGCUGGCUGGGCCGAAGGACGCUGCAAAGCUCUGCGUGGCUAGCAAGUCGUGGAGGUCGCUCGUGUCGGAUAAUCGCCUCUGGAUUUUCUUCCUCCAGGACGAAGAUGAGCCUUGGAAUUGGGACUCUGUGUUCUUUUCCGAGAUGAAUCUCCGUUCCGGCUAUCCUGUCCAGAUAUACCCGAGUGAUAUGUCUACCGAGCUAUCUCUGAUGCGCAUAUACGGCGAGAGAAUGAAAGUGCCUGGUGCUGUUAUCAUUGAUGGUGGGUCGGGCUAUUGCAAAUUUGGGUGGAGCAAAUAUGAUAGUCCAUCUGGGCGGUCAGCCACAUUUUUGGUGUCAAAUAUGCAGGAAUUUGGCAACAUAGAGUCCCCAAUGUACUCGAGAUUGCGGCAUUUUUUUGCUACUAUUUAUAGCAGGAUGCAAGUUAAGACAUCUACCCAGCCAAUUGUCUUGUCUCUUCCAAUAUGCCACUAUGAUGAUACUGACUCUGCCAGAGCAUCAAGAAGGCAACUGAAAGAAGCUAUCCACUCUGCUCUCUUUGACAUGAAUGUUCCAGCUGUUUGUACUGUUAAUCAGGCAAUUCUAGCACUUUAUGCUGCACACAAGACUUCUGGAAUUGUUGUUAAUAUUGGUUUCCAGGCGACUUCUGUAGUUCCUAUUUUAAAUGGAAAAAUAAUGCACUCUGUGGGUGUGGAAGCUAUCGGCAUCGGUGCCUUAAAAGUUACAGGUUUCCUGAAGGAGCAGAUGCAACAGAACAACAUAAAUUGUGAAUCUCUUUACACCAUUCGGACACUGAAAGAGGUGAAUAUCUUCAUGUCUCUCUUGCUGUUUUGAUUCCGAAUUUUAAGGUAAUUGACAUCUUCAUAUCUUCCAUUAGUGUAGUACUAGAUUGCUAUUGGUUUUAGUACUCUACACGGUAGACUUAAAAUAAGUUGUUGUCCUGUGUGCUUCUUGCUGCGGCCUCAUAGUUUCGAAGACUUGCCAAACCAGAGUUAAUUCCGUUUAAUCCCUAUUCCAAAUCAGUAAACUGUAUUGUUAUUCUGGCUAACCCAGGCUCUUGGAGGCAAACAUACUCAUAGAAGAAAUCUGUCAGCAAGUAUGCAGAUAUAUGUUCUCCUCGAACCUCUGCUAUGUUGCUUAUGAUUAUCAAGCUGAGCUGUCCAAAGACACAAAAGCAUCCAUGGAAAUCCCUGGAGAAGGGGUGUUUACACUUUCGAAUGAACGCUACAAAACAGGGGAGAUCUUGUUCCAACCGCGGCUUACAGGAAUGCGCGGGAUGGGGCUGCAUCAGGCUGUUGCACUUUGCAUCGACCAUUGUCAUGCUGCAGAGUUGACUGGCGACGAUUCUUGGUUCAAAACCAUAGUUCUGACAGGAGGAACAGCAUGCUUACCCGGACUUGCAGAACGCCUCGACAAGGAAGUUCGUCAGCUACUUCCCGCCUCCUCAGGCAACGGGAUCAAAGUAAUCCCACCUCCAUACGGAGUAGAUACUCCAUGGUUCGGGGCUAAGCUCAUAAGCAACUUGAGCACUUUCCCGGACUCCUGGUGUGUGGUGAAGAAGAACUUCCGUCGGAAGUCGCGUUUCAAUCUGGCCUGGUGAAGGUUUCCCCCCGGUGAGAACCAAAAUUAGAGUGGUGUAUUAAUUAUCUUCUAGUGUGUAUUACAGAUCAAAUAAAUAAAAGUAAAUUAAGUAAGAGGUUCAAUUAGUGUUACUGUUCCUUUCUCUUUGUGUUCGGCACGGCGAUUCAUAUUAGAGCGAGUUCGUAGCACCAGUAGUACCUCAGAUCAACAACUUGGGGUCGAGCCCCCGUCAAAAGUGUCAUAUUAUGUCCAUAUUUCGUAAUUCGUAUGACAAUACUGUAUAUUUGAAUCAAGUAAAGAAAUUCUAUAGUUCGGGUACCAAAAGUAUGAUUAACUACCUAGAGUGACAUUGAAGUACGUCAAUCUGUCCACGUGGUGUCGCGUGAUUGGGAGCUUCUGCAAGCUAGCACUCCACAUAAGCAUUUUCUCUGCCUCCAAACUAAAAAAUAAAGGAAAAAAGACCCAUAUUUUCAGUUUCGUCUCAGUUCCUGGCCUGCUGGUAAGAUCGUUUGGACGUUUGAGAUUUGAGAAAUCCCCGGUAAGUUGAAUCUCCGCGCUCUUCCCUUCCUUGGUCUGGUUCCCUUCCAAUCACGGUGGCUCCUUCAGCUCCACCGGCCGUCUCGCGAAGAAAGCCGCAGCCGCCGCCGACAUCGUCUUCUUCUUCUUCUUCAUUCGAUCCUCCCUCUUCGAAACCUCAGUCCUCCAGAAUCGUGAGCAGAGAGCCGAAACCUUUCUGGCAGGAGGGUUGGUUCAUCUGGCUGCUGUUCGCCAUGGCUCUCGCGUGCUUCGGUCUCGCAGUGUUUCUCUUCCUCAACCUCGAUCUAGAUCAGGCCUCCUUCUCCCCUGCCUCCGCCGCUUCAUCUUCUUCCUCCUCCUCUGCUCAAGGUGUUGAGAUUACGUAUGGCUCAGUUUUGAAGUUGAUGCACGAGAAGACCAAGUACCGUCUGCAUUCCCACGAGGUGCCUUAUGGCUCCGGCAGUGGGCAGCAAUCUGUUACAGGAUAUCCCAAUGUCGACGAUUCCAAUAGCUAUUGGAUUGUGAGGCCUGUCCCAGACACUAAUGCUAAACAAGGCGACACCGUAACAGCUGGGACGGUAUUCCGUUUGCAGCACAUGAAAACUAGAAAAUGGCUGCAUAGCCAUUUGCAUGCCUCCCCAAUAUCUGGCAACCUUGAGGUUAGCUGUUUUGGCGGGGAAAACGAAUCUGAUACAGGAGAUCAUUGGAGACUUGUUACUGAAGGUGGUGAAAAGACAUGGAAACAAAAUCAAAGAGUUCGAUUGCAUCAUGUUGACACUGGUGCCUACCUACACAGCCAUGACAAGAAGUACCAGAGAAUAGCUGGGGGACAGCAAGAGGUUUGUGCUGUUCGGGAAAAGCGUGCUGACAACGUCUGGUUAGCUGCAGAAGGUGUGUACCUUCCCGUGGCUGGAAGCAAGUAGAAGGACAAAUGCUUCUGACAUUGGUAUAAAACAGGUGCAUGGUGGUGCUGUUUUUUCAAUUCUCCAGGUCCUUGGUUGCCCCUGCCUGCUUCAUAUAGGGCAUUAGACGUGUCAUUUGUUCGCAGAGUGUGCUAAAAUAGAUGACAAUACACUGCAAAGUUCUUCACUUUAGUAGUAAGGGUACGAGAAUGUGCUGAGGCCGUCCGUAUGUUUUAAUGUUUGAAGGUGGAUUUUGUUUCAUGAUCGGCUUGCAACUUGAGGCUGGAUUCUAUUUCAUGAGUCAUUGAGUAGUCCUGCUUGAACAAAUCCCAUAUGCUCUGAUUUCGUCGGUAUACGAACUCGUUCUUCUAUUAUCUCGGUCGGGGAUAUAUAUGCUGCAGGUUUUGUGUCCUAAACUUCCACAAAAGGGCCUUGAACUGCAGAAGCACAAUCUCGGACUUAGGUUCUUCCAAGUCUACCAUUCGCGACAC